AUGGACGGACCAAGCGAGGACUUUGGCGGCCAAGCCCAGAACUUUCAAGGCAACUUUCCCCUGACAAACGACGAUGCCAAUAUAGAUCCAUUACUCGACUGCACAGCGGGAGCUCAGACGUCCCCGAUUGUUAGCAAUCCCAUUGACAACCAGCUUCUCAUGAGCUCCAACAUGUGGAACCCAAUGAACAACCCCGUCAACUUCUUCCCUCCCUCCCUGCCAGCAAUGGCACCAUCGGCUUUGAACAACAGUCCAACAGUGCCCAACGAAAUGCAUUCAACCCCAGAAACUCCAUUCAGUGAGCCCAGGUCUGGCGGCCCAACACGGCAAUCGAGCAAAUCGUCUAUCCCUUCAGUAGAUUCAGCCAAAACCGACACCAAGCCUCGACGCAGCAGCAGAACUACCAAGACACAUCGUCAACAGUCUUCAGUGGAACCUGCCGCCAAGUCGCGCCAAAAAAGGGCACCCAAGGAGCAAUCACUGAAGGAGGAAGAUGAGGAUGAGAAUGAUGGACUGGAUGAGACGCAGAAACGCAGCAAGUUCCUUAAACGUAACAGGAUCGCGGCGUCCAAAUGUCGUCAAAAGAAGAAGGAGUGGAUGAGAGAAUUGGAAGAAACCAAGCAGGAUUUGGAGACUGAGUACAAUGCCCUACAAGACCAGCACAGUGGCCUCAUGGAAGAGUUGACCACCAUCAAGAAUCAACUCAUGGAGCACGCAUCUUGCAACGAUGCCAACAUCAACCAAUGGCUUGACAACGAGGCAAGGAAAUAUGUUCAGCGUAUUGCAGCGCAGUCUGCACAGAGCAUACAGGCUCCUCUAGCACCGCCACAAAAUGCACCUGGAGAAAUUCGCAAUACGCAUCGUCGUAGCUCAAGUGGUAUGCCGAACCUUGUUCAAGCAUACAACCCAUGA